CUUUGUCAAUGGCUGACAGGCGACAGCUAGAUUUCUGAAAGUCUGAAUGGCUUUAUUUACGAACUACGAUAAAAUAAAAGUUUCUAAAUUACCUAGUUUAAUUUUUUAUAACUGCGCUUAUUAAUAAACAUACAUAAUGAUUUUGAGGCUUAUUUUGGGUCUAAUAUUUAUUGUUACUGUAUUGUGUACGCAUGAUGUAGACGUGAAAACUGAAGAAGAUUUAGGCGUAAAGUAUGCGAAUAGAUGCGAAGUAUGCAAAAUAUUAGCAACAGAACUACAAGGCCGGCUUGAAGAAACCGGCAAAGUGCAUGAUGUGAUUGAAAUUGGAUAUUCAUUGGACGACGUUCAACCGAAGAAAAGGACGAAAUACCAGAAAUCAGAACUAAGAUUGAUAGAAUCGUUAGAUGGUGUAUGUGAGAAGAUUCUAGAGUACAACAUUCAUAAAGAACGCGAUGAUAGUACUCGUUUUGCAAAAGGUAUGAGCCAAACAUUUAAAACUUUACAUGGCCUUGUUGAUAAAGGUGUAAAAGUUGACUUAGGGAUCCCGUUAGAAUUAUGGGAUAAGCCAUCAGCAGAAAUUACUCAAAUGAAAACACAAUGUGAAAGUCUUUUGGAAGAGAAUGAGGAAAUUAUAGAAGAUUGGUAUUGGAAACAUCAAGGUGAGAUUGAUCUAAAAAUUCACUUGUGCACAAAGCAUGCAUUGAAAAAUACUGAUGAUUCUUGUUUAUUUGAAGAGCUUAAAGAAAAAGGAGAUAAAGGAAAGGCAAAGACUGAAUUGUGAUUCAUUUGAACCACAAUUGAUUAUGUGAUUUAAUUUCUUAAAUUUUUAAUGAACCAAUGUUUUUGCAUUUAAUUUAUAUCAGGCUGUUGUAUGCUAUAUUUUUAUUGUAAGUUUAAUGAAUCAGGAAAUAAUUAUACAAAUUAAAUAAAUAAAUUACAUUUAAUAUAGGUAUACAUACAUAUUUAAAUGUGUAAAAAUAUUACCUUUCUGAAUGAAGGUUUUUGGUACCAAUUUGAUCAAAUAAAUUGUGUUAUUUUAUAUUUUCAAGUACAGUGUUAGUAUUAAGUUACCAGAAUAAAGAUUUUGUAUUUA